AUGUUAGGUUCGCUCAAAGUGAUGUGCGUUUCCCCAUUUCUUGGACAAAAGUCCCGUUCCAUGGCCACUUUGAAAGAUAUUGCAGUAAGACUACGGUCUGUGAAAAACAUACAGAAAAUCACUGCAUCUAUGAAAAUGGUUUCGGCAUCAAAAUUUGCUAGAGCUGAACGUGAUUUACGUCCAGCCAGACCAUAUGGUUAUGGUGCUCGAGCAUUUUACCAGACCGCGGAAUUAGUGCCAAAGGAGACCAAACCUAGUGAGAAUGACUUACUGAUCGCAAUCACAUCAGAUAGAGGUCUAUGUGGUGCUGCUAAUAGUAGUAUUGUAAAGGCAAUCAGAGCUCUGAUUCGUAGCAACCCAAAUCUAGAAAAUUCAUGCAAGUUACUCUUGGUCGGUGACAAAUCUCGUGCAAUGAUGAUUCGUCAAUAUCGUAACAUGUUUUUGAUGACUGUCAAUGAAGUCGGAAAAAAGGCACCUACUUUCGAGGAUGCGUCGACAAUAGCUCAGGCGAUAAUAUCAUCUGACUUUAAAUUCGAUAAGGCUGUGAUGUUUUACAAUACAUUCAAGACAGUAGUAUCUUACAUAACAACAAGUCAGCCGCUCUUGAGCUUAAAUAAACUGUCUUCUUCUGAAAACAUUGGUGUUUAUGACUCGGUAGAUGAUGAAGUCUUGCAAAGUUACAAUGAAUUUCUCCUGACCUCACUAAUUUUUGCUGCUUUAAAAGAGGCAGCUGCUAGCGAACAGUCAGCUCGGAUGACUGCUAUGGACUCGGCUACCAAAAACGCAGGUGAUAUGUUGAGUAAACUGACACUCAGUUAUAAUCGAACACGUCAGGCAGCAAUCACACGUGAGCUCACUGAAAUUAUAUCUGGUGCUGCAGCGGUCUAA